AGAUUAAAAUCCAUGGCGGUUUGGAAGUCUUCAAAUUUGGAAAUUUUAAAGAACCGAGUCAAUGAUCCGUUCAUCAGCACUAAUUGCAUGUAUGAUACUGUGCACGGGAAAUGGAAAAACCAUGAAUUGAAGGUCCUUGAUGAAAAGACAGACCCUUCUAUUUAGAGAGAAGGCUGUUAAAGUGUUUGGAUUGAGGAACCCAGAAGAAAUUUCAUGGGUUGAAGCUGGUGCUGAAAUUGUGGUUGAAUCUACUGGAGUGUUCCCUGAUAAGGAUAAGGCUGCUGAUCACUUGAAGAUAUACCAUCCUUGGUGAUGGCUGCCAGAUGGAGGGCAUUUCAAACGAGGCUUGUUCCCUUGCUCGGCACUGGGGACUUGGAAAACUAAUCACUUUUUAUGAUGACAACCAUAUCUCCAUUGAUGGUGAAUUGAACGGUAACUCGGGAUAUGAUGACAUCCGGACUGCCAUUAAGGAAGCAAAGGCUGUCAAGGACAAGCCCACUUUGAUCAAGGUGACAACAACCAUUGGGUUUGGCUCACCAAACAAAGCAAACACUUGGAGUGUUCAUGGAAGUGCACUGGGAGCUAAAGAAGUUCAUGGAAGUGCACUACUGGGAUCGAUGGCCCCUUUGAGCCUUUCCAUUCAUUGGAGCCGCCAUGUCCCAGAGGGUGCAGCACUUGAAGCUGAAUGGAACGCCAAAUUUAGCAAAUAUGAGAAGAAAUAUCCAGAAGAAGCUGCAGAUUUGAAGGCCAUCAUCUCUGGCAAACUUCCUGCUGGUUGGGAGAACCUAACAGCCUGGAACAAGGCUCUUAUUAUGAAACUCAAUUGGGAUCUAGCAAACAAGAAGGACAACCUAUGGGUUAGAUGGAUCCACUCCAGGUACAUCAAGGAUGAAGGAAUUUGGGAGUAUAUGCCCAAGUAUGAUGCAUGCCAUUAUUGGAGGAAAAUGAUCAAGGUGAGACAGGAGUUUGCAGCUAUGCCAAUCCUUGAGGAAUAUAAACCAGAGGAAGGAUACACUUGGCUUAUGGGACAAACCCCAAAAGAUGCAUGGUGUGAUAUUGUCUGGAAUAGGUUAUCUAUACCUAAACACAGCCCCUCGGAAGAUUCCACCAGAAACCUGUCCCGGCAAAAUCUCAAUGCCCUUGCUAAGGUUCAUCCCGGUUUCCUAGGAGGCAGUGCCGAUUUCGUUUCCUCCAACAUGACCCUUCUGAAAAGCUUUGGUGACUUCCAGAAGGACACUCCAGGGGAACACGGAAUGGGAGCAAUCUGUAACGGGAUUGCCCUACACUCCCCAGGGCUCAUCCCUUAUUGUGCCACCUUCUUUGUGUUCACUGACUACAUGAGACCUGCCAGGGUCAUUUACGUCAUGACGGCCUUAUCCGGGGGGCCAGGGUCAUUUACCUCAGAUUUGAAGAAGAUGGGCCCAUGCAUCAGCCGAUCAAGCACUUCUAUGUUCCACUUUAUAAACUCUCUCUGAAAAAAUCUUAGGCAUUUGAUACUUUGAAUUCACGGAAAUCAAGUUAAGUGCUUAAAAAUGCUUAAAAUUAAACUAUGUUUGAAAUU